GUAAGCGAUCUGCACCACCCGCUCUACCGCCUGAAUCGGAAGUCUCGUUCGCCGAGCUGCUGGAGGAUUUCUUCUCGGGGGAUUCCUGGCUGGGGUGCCUCGCCCCGCCCCGGCCCGCGUGAUGGCUCUGUCGGUCUGUUGAGGAUGGCCGAGGACGCUGGAUCUGGAGGCGCACCGGAGCAGGACAGUGCGGGAGCUGCCGCCACCGCGGAGUACCCGGUCUCGAAUGGCCGCUGCGGGGCGGACGGGAGCCCGCAGUCCUGCCGCGUCGGUGGCGGCGGCGGCGGCAGUAGCAGCAGAGAACACUCGGCGGAGCGCAACCCGGCAGCCGCGGCACCUCGCAGCAGCAUCAUGAAGGAUGGCUCACGGCAGAAGCAGGCACGGAAGAAGACCGUCUCCUUUAGCACGAUGCCCAACGAUCGCAAGAUGAACAGCACUGCUGCCUGCCUGUCCUUCAUGAUGGAGGGCUGCGAGAUGAAGAAAGUGCGCUCCAACUCCAGGAUGUACAACCGCUUCUUCAUCCUCGACUCGGACAUGCGCUGCCUCCGGUGGGAGCCCUCCAAAAAAGAUUCGGAGAAAGCAAAGCUGGAGAUCAAAGCAAUUAAAGAGGUGCGGCUGGGCAAGAAGACCCCGGUUCUCCGCAGCAAUGGGCUCUCGGACCAGUUCCCGGAGGAGUGCGCCUUCUCCAUUAUCUAUGGGGAGAACUACGAAUCCUUGGACCUUGUGGCAAGCUCGACUGAUGUGGUGAACACGUGGGUCAUGGGUCUGCGGUACCUCGUCUCCUAUGGAAGGCACCCCGUGGAUGUCAUCGAAGCCAAUCAAGCUAGCCUGAGGACCUCCUGGAUUUCCUCAGUCUUUGAACUCGCUGACAUGGAUAAGGAAGGUCAGAUCCCACUGAGUCGGGCAGUCCACAUCAUCAAGAGUCUAAACCCUGGAAUGAAGGCUUCGAGGAUCGAGCUGAAGUUUAAAGAACUCCAGAAACCAAAGGAGCUCUACUCGGAAGGUAUCACCAUCGAAGUCUUCACUGAAGCCUACUGUGAGCUCUGUACUCGGCCAGAAAUAUUCUUCCUCCUGGUCCAGUUUUCAAGUAAUAAGGAGUACCUGGACUGCAAAGAUCUCAUGAUGUUCUUAGAGGUGGAACAGGGAAUGGAAGGGGUGACAGAGGACAUGUGUCUACAGAUCGUUAGAAGGUAUGAGCCUUCCCAGGAAGGCAAGGCCCGGGCUUAUCUCUCCAUUGAUGGAUUCAACCACUACCUGCUCUCUCCGGAGUGCCACAUCUUCGAUCCAGCUCAUAAGUUCAUCUGCCAGGACAUGACCCAACCGCUAUCUCAUUAUUACAUCAAUUCUUCCCACAAUGCUUGCCUUUUGGAAGACCAUUUUUGGGGCUCCUCAGACAUCGGUGGCUACAUCCGGGCUCUAAAGAUGGGCUGCCGCAGUUUGGAGCUGGUUGUGUGGGAUGGACCAGACAACGAGCCCUUGAUCUACGUGGGCCGUUCUGUUUUGUCACAGGUCGCCUUCUGCAAGGUAAUAGAUGUUAUCAAUCAGUACGCCUUCGAGGCCUCCGAGUUCCCUUUGAUCCUCUGCUUGGUGACCCACUGCUCCGUCCAACAACAGAAAAUCAUGGCUCAGCAUCUUAAGAAAAUCCUUGGAGAUAAGCUAUAUGUGGUCCCCCCAGAUCCUGAGGAGAAUUUUCUGCCUUCUCCAGAGUACCUCAAGGGAAAGAUCUUACUCCGGGGAAAGAAACUGCCAUCGAAUUACCCCGAUUCGGAAGGAGAUGUCACCGAUGAAGAGGAGGGCGUGGAGAUUGCCAGGCGCCUGGGAGAGCAGGACAGUGACCAGGUGAACGGCAUCAGCUUGAAGAGGCUCCGGCUCUGUAAGGAACUUUCUGAGCUGGUGUCGUUAUGCAAGACUGUCCAGUUCAAGGACUUUGAGACCUCAAAGCGAAACCAAAAAUUCUGGGAGAUCUGCUCCUUUAAUGAAGUGCAGGCAAACCAACUCGCCAACGAGAGCCCAGAGGACUUUGUCAGCUACAAUAAGAGGUUCCUGUCCAGGGUUUUCCCCAGCUCCCUGAGAAUCGAUGCCAGCAAUAUGAACCCCCAGGACUUUUGGAAGUGUGGGUGUCAGAUGGUAGCUAUGAACUACCAGACGCCCGGCUUGAUGAUGGACCUCAAUAUCGGUUGGUUCCGGCAAAAUGGGAACUGUGGCUACGUGCUGCGCCCGGCCAUCAUGCGAGAACAUGUGUCCUACUUCAGCGCCAACGCCAAGGAUUCCUUGCCAGGAGUCUCUGCUCAGCUGCUCCAGAUCAAGAUUAUCAGCGGCCAAAACUUGCCCAAACCCAAAGGGUCUGGUGCCAAGGGUGACGUUGUGGAGCCUUAUGUCUACGUGGAGAUCCACGGCAUUCCUGCUGAUUGCGCUGAGCAGAGGACGAAAACCUCCUCCCAGAUCGGAGACAACCCGUCCUUUGAUGAGACCUUUGAGUUUCAGAUCAACCUUCCUGAGCUUGCAGUCUUGCGCUUUGUAGUUCUGGAUGAUGACUACAUCGGUGACGAGUUCAUCGCACAGUACACCAUCCCGUUCGAAUGUCUGCAGCCCGGUUACCGACAUGUGCCCCUCCAGUCACUGAGCGGGGAGUUCCUGCCCAAUGCCACUCUGUUUGUGCACAUCGCCAUCACCAACCGGCGCGGUGGGGGCAAAGUUCAAAAGCGAGGCAUCUCAGUGAGGAAGACAAGGAGGAAGGAGUACACCUCCAUGAAGGCUACAGGCAUCAAGGCUAUUGACGAGGUCUUCAGAGGGGCCACCUCACCUCUGCGGGAAGCUGCUGACCUCCGCGAAAAUAUGCAGAAUGCCGUGGUGUCCUUCAAAGAGCUCUGCGGACUGACCCCCGUGGCUAACAUGAAGCAGUGCAUCCUCGCCGUGUCCACCUGGCUCCUCAACAGCGAUAAAGCCCUGCUGGUGACAGUCAACCUGAGCGAGACGUACCCCGCCAUGGAGGCGCAGGGCCACGUACCUGAACUGCUGCGCAAGGUGCUCUCUGCCUAUGACACGAUGAUCCAGACCAGCCGGACACUCAUUGAGUCUGCUGAUGCAGUUCACGCCAGGGUCAUCCAGACACAGCGGGCAGGGAUGGAUUUCCAUGAAGAUCUGCACUCCAUGGGGGUCCGAGAGGGUCUGAAAGGCAGAAAACUCCAGAAAGCCCUGGAGAGCUUUGCUUGGAACAUCACUGUGCUCAAGGGUCAGGCGGAUUUGCUCAAGCAUGCCAAGAACGAGGCGCUGGACACCCUCCGGCAGAUCCACAACGCGGCCCAGUCCUGCGGUUUGAGUAAGAACGGCUCAGCCUCACCAGAAGUGUUCCGUGCGCGGUCCGGAGGAGGUCUCGAACCGAUUCUGGAAAAGGAGAAUGGGAGCGACACCGGCUCUUGCUGAUGGAAGUGGAAAAGCUGUCCCUUGGCCUGAUGAUCCAUUUGGCACGUGGUCCUUUAUCAAAGAGGACUUCCCAGCCCCUGGAGGGCUAAAGAAGAUGUACAGCUCGAGGAGAAAAAGCAAGCCAGCCGGACCCCCACCACUCACUCACCCUCCCCUCCUUCCACCAGAGAUAGCUGUUGUAGUUGAGCUGAACUUCUGCACGAUCCGUGUGUGACGCCUCCUCACAAAGCAGCAGCUCAGUGUGGUUAAGGACAUGAAGCAGGGCCAUGAAGAGCGCCGAGUACAAGAAACACUGGAAGGUGACGGCAAUAAACUGGAACUUCUUUUAAUAAUGUAAUUAGUCACGUGUUCCUCCGCCCCGUCGGUCCUCAGACUCUGUUUAAUUUAACAUGCUGGUAAACGGGAGCUCACCUGUCUUAACCCUGACUUUUACACUGUUUAUGGCUACUGUGAACCUUGUCUGAUCAACAAAUUAUAGCAGGUCUAUUAAAACUCUACCAAACUGGG